AUGUCCGCCAUUUUGGCACCAGCUACCGAGGGAAAAGAAGGAAGCAAUGUUUUGAAGUCCAACGACAACUCUCAAGAUGGAAUGCUACUCUUCAUCAAUCAACACCUGGUCAAAGGAUCCCAAACCGUCCGUCGGCCAGAUAGGAGAAUUGUCGGUUCGCACGUCCAGAGGGUGAUCAGAAAACGAAAACGUCUCAGUGCGGAAAUCAGACUGAUGCCGGCGACAUUCCCAGGCACGCGACGGGAAUCCCAUGCCAGGCAAUUAGGGUGGAUAGAGAAAAGCCAUCUCAACAACCGUGGCCCGACAUAUGACAGUAGUGGUCAACCAAAACCGUGUUCCGGAAAGCCUGGUUCGAACCAAGGGUAUUUUCCAACUUAUCAGAAUCUAGAGAAGGAAGAUGAGACGAAUGAGAAUGAAAAGAAGCCGCUUUUACAGCCGGCAACAGAAUGGCUGCGUCAAUCUGGAGCAGAUUUGGAGCUUGCCAUGCAGAUACCGGCAGGGGAGGCCAAGCUUCUGGGACCCAAUAUUUUCAGGUUGUUCUUUCAAUGCUAUUUGGAAAACUUCAUACCCGUGACCUUUCCCGCAUAUACCCACGGCGAAGAGCAUACUUGCUGGAUUAUUCAAACCGCUAGAGCCAACCAGAUGGUCUUCUUCGCCAUCGUUGCUGCCGGCGCGUCAAUCUGUGCCAGAUUACCUGAGACCGUCGAUUCACGGUGCGCGAUAAGCGGCACCAGCAAUAUUCCCACGGGCCAGAUAUUUACAAUAAAGAUGGCUGCCCUGAAGCACAUUCGGCAUACGUUCACCCACUAUCAGGCCCGAGAUUUGAUCACGAUCCUGUAUAGUGUGACGUGUCUUGCCAUCGCCGCGAUCAUGGAUGGAGACACACCCUCGCUGAAAAUCCACUCCACGGGGCUGCGAUACCUUGUGUCAUCGAUAAAUUCGAGUGACAUACCUCGUCACGUACUCGAGGUUGUGUUGUCGUGA